CCCCCGGCUAGUCAUGGCUCCUCCCGCGACAAAGCUCUCUCGGAACUUGUGCCAGCCGGAACUCCGCAGCCAAAAAAACUGCCCGCACCCUCUACGCCCACGUCGUCGGUUCGGCGCAGAAUGGCUUCCAGCGCCCCCUCACCCGCUUCUUCCAAAGAUGGCCCUGUCGCCCGCCGCCUGCCUGCGACGAGCGCCUCAGCUGUGGGCGGUGCUGCCCGCCGCCCCGCCGCGCCAUCCGCAUUUACAACAACAACAACAACAACAGGAACAUCCUCACUAUCGACACCGCGCGCCGCCACCAGCGCGUCCAAGGCGCCUACGACAGCCGCCUCGCGCACCAGUGCUGUCGGCUCCAGCCUGAACAAGCCGCCCACCCGCCCUGCGGCAGGCUCCGCUACGCGCAGGGCCGUCUCGUCGUCCAAGACGGCCUCAGAUAUCGAGCACGAUGUGUCGUCUGUGACCUCUGGCGAAGAGAGCAAGAAGAAGCCCGCUGUGCGCCGCCCGCCCGUCGCGUCAGGAACCGCCGCCCGCUCGUCGCCAGCAAAGCCCGCCUCGCGCCCGUCACUGGCCUCGUCGACAGCGACUGCGACAGCGACCGCGACAGCGACUGGCACCGCCGCCACAGCAAAGCGACCCGUGGCAACGCGACCCGCUGCUGACUCUGCCACCACCAGAGCCCCCCGUGCCUCAUUGGCCCCGCCCACCAAGUCAGCGACUACGCGCCCGGCUGCUGGUGCUGCUACACGCGCAUCCGUCGCUGCGCCCCGCGCAUCAGCGACUGCACCCGCAAAGAAGCCAUCUGUCUCUGCCCCUUCCCCGCCAGUAAUAUCAGAGCCCGAGGAAACAGCCCGGCAAGUAGACAGUCCCAUCGCCUCUGCCCACAGUCGCGAUGCUUCCCUCAAGGAAAAGGCCGCCUCCGAUGCCGAGGCGGAGAAUCGCAAGACUACCCUCGGGCCUGUCAAAGCUGCUCUGGCCAAAUUCGGCAACGUCUCGCCACGCCCCGACACCGCUCCGACAGGCUCGGACGAGGUCGAGGAGGAGACGAAGAGGCGGAGCGCCCAGAUCAUGCAGGACUUUUUCAAGGAGACAAACCUUCGCGACAAGCUGCAGGAGCAGUGCGACGAUCUCAAUCGCGAGGUUGAGAACCUGCACUCGGAGAGAGCAAAACUGCGCAGCCAGCUGGCCGAUGCCCAGGCCGCUAUUGCCGAAAAGGACAAGGCCCUUGCAGACGCCUCGGAUGCCGCUCCAUCGUCCGACCAGCGCGCGCUCGACACAGUUGUGCAAGAUAUGGAGAUCAAGUUUGCCAACGAGACCAAGAAACUUGAGGAACAGAGCCAGCUGCUCGAGCAGGAGAAGAAGGCGGCCCAGGAGAGAGAGGCCACCGAGACUGCCAAGGCCAUGGAGCUGCAGCAGGUCCUGGACGACCUGAAUGCCGAGCUUGAGCAGCAAGGUCAGCAAUGGGACAAUGAAAAGAAGAAGAUGGCAGAGCAAGCCACCCAGAUCGAAGAGCUGACUCGCGAAGUGGCCUCGCUGAAAGAGGAGCGCGACAAGCUCUCGCAGGAGCUUGACAUUGCCAAGAAGACGCUGGAAAACCUCGAGGCCAAGUAUGCCGAGCUUGAGCAAAGUCAGGUCGAAAGUCUUCGUCUGCGCGAUGCUAAGAUCAACGAGCUGACCAAGACUGUCGACGAGUUUGUGGCAGAGGUGGCAACCAAGGAAGACCAGCACAAGACGGCUUUGCACGAAGCACAGCAAUCCCUCGAGUCGAGGGCUGCUGAGCAUCUGGCCGUCGUUGAGCAGCUCCAGGCCGACAUCCAAACCGUACAGCAGCAGCAUACGGACGAGCUGCGCGCCAAGGACGAGAUGAUUGCGACCCAUGUCGAAUCCCAGAAACAGCUGCAAGACGACCUCACCAAGCUCCAGCAGCGUGCUGAGCAGUCCUCGGCAGAUCUCGAGAGCGAACGCAGUGCUCAUGCCGAACAGCUGCAGGCGAAGCUGGACGAACUUAAGAAGAACACGAGCGAAGCGCUUCAUGCAAAGGAGGAGGAACUUUCAGGGCACGCCAAGUCCAUUGGCGAUCUUCAGGAGCAGAUUGUGGCGCUACAACAAGGCUCAACUGACGGCAAGAGGGUGGCUGAGGAGCUCAACAAGCAGAUGCACGAGUUGAAAGACUCACAUGAAGCUGCUCUCAAGAUCAAGAGCGACGAAAACGACCAACUUGUCCAACAGAUGGAGGCGCUGAAGCAGCAGCUUACCACUGACGCUGCCGAGAUGGAGCAACUCAAGCAAGAAGCUGCUGGCUUGCGCAGCACCAUCGACACACUCGAAAAACUCUCAGAGCAACUCGAGUCGCAACAUGCUUCCGACAUGGCCAAGAUUCAAGCUGAACUGAGCGAUGCGAACAGUAAAGCAAGUGCUUACAAGUCUGAGAUUGAUGCUCUACAAAACAGGCACAAACAAGAACUGCGUGUCAUCGGGGAGGAUUACGAACGUGAGAUUGAAUCGCUGCGGGCGGAUCUCGAGGGAGACGCAACCAGGCGACUGAACAGUCUGCAGGCUGAUUAUGACUCUCUUGUUGCCGAGAAGACUGCAACUCUCGAGCAGCAUGAAAAGAUUCUUUCCGAUCAGUCCAGCCAGAUUGAGACACUCAAGCAAGAGCUCAGCGAGCUCCAAGACAAGUCGGCAUCGGCCACCCGAAACUCUGACGAUACUAGUACCAAGCUCAAGCAUACUGAAGAUGAGCUGGUAGCCGUAAAGGAGGCCCACAACAUCUCGCAGACCUUGGUGAUAGAUCUUCAAGAACGCAUCGAUGCAAUGACCAAGGAUCUCACCACCAAUGGGGAGGUCAAGGCCCAACUGGACACGCUGGAGCAGGAGAAGGGUGCUCUGGCCGAAGCCCACGCAAAGUCGCAGUCUCUGAUCGUCGACCUGCAGGCCCGCCAUGAUUCUCUAUUGGAACAAAAGACUCUUGCAGAGGAUGCCCACGCUCGCGCUAUCGAGGCCCUCAAGGAGGACUCUGAGAGCCAGUCGAAGCAGCUACUCACAGAGUUGCAAUCAAAAUACGACCUUCUUCUUGAGGAGAAAAAGGCCGCAGAGGAUGAGCACCACCAGGCUUUGGAAGCCCUGAAGCGGGACUCUGAAGGCAACACGAGCCAGGCACUCGGCGAACUUCAAUCCAAGUAUGACUCGCUAGCAGAGGAGAAGGAGGCCAUGCAGACCGCCCACCUCCAGACACUGAAAGCGCUGGAAGAGCAGUCUGAGCACUCGACCAAGACAGCACUGGCAGAGCUCCAGUCCAAGUAUGACAUGCUGUUGGAAGAGAAGGCUACUGCAGAGCGUGAGCACAGUGAUGCUGUGGCGAAGCUCCAAGAAGAAGCCAACACCACAUCCAAAGAGCAACUUGAGGAGCUACAAGCCAAGUACAAUGAACUGCAACAAGACAUGAAGAGCACUUCUGAGGCGUUGGCCACUCUGCAAACGAAAUACGACCAGAUCACUCAAGAGACAAGUAGCACUGAAGAAUCUAAAAAGGCCGAUAUUGAGAAGCUCGAGAGGGAACGAGACGCCUUGGCAGCAAAGCUUGCGGAACUCGGAAAGACUCAUGCAGACAUUGUUGCCGCGCACUCAGCGACCGAGGAAAGCCAUGCCAAGGCACUUGAGACUCAGCAUGCCGAAAUUGAGCAAAAGUACGCAACUCUGCUGGAAUUCAUGCAAAACGACACGGAACGGCUGGAGCAAGAAAAGUCGGCAGCGGUUUCUGGCAAGCAGUCUGCGCUGAAUGAGCUUGCGGCUCUGAAGAAAGAAUUCCAUGCCGAAAUUGACGAACUAAAGAGCCAACUUUCGUCCAAGGGCCAGUCUGGUCCUGAAUUAGCCGACAUGGAGCGCCGGUACGAAACUCUUUUGGCAGAAAAGGCUGCUGCCGACAAGGAGCAUGAAGACGCCAUUCAAUUGCUCAAAGACUCUCUCAAGGCAGACCAUGAACAGGCCCUGUCGAAGCUGCAAUCUGAGUGUGAAACGCUGCAGCAAAAGAUGGCACAGGUUGAUCAAGAGCAUAGCGAUGCCCUGGAAUUAUUGAAAGAAGAAUUCAAGGCAGGACACUCGAGCGACAUGGAGGCUCUACGGCAGCAACUUGAAGCUAUGCAGAAGCAGCAUUUGGAUCUCACAGAACAAAGAGCAUCCAUGGACCAGGCGCAUGAGGAGGCCAUUGCCGAGCUCAUGGCAGGCAUGGAGGCCAGCACCUCUGAAGCACUAUCACAACUGCGCAAGAAGUACGAUGCACUCACCUCUGAGCUGCAGCAAAUACAGUCGGCCCAUUCUGCUGAGCUCGAAGAGGCGAAGCGAAAAGCGUCCGAGGACCGAGACAUGUACUGGAACUCGCAAAUCCAAGACACCAAAGCCAGUCUCAACGCACAGGCUUCAGGCGUAACAGCUCUGGAGCAGAGGGUACGCGCACUCGAACUUGAGCGCGAUGAGGCCAUCAGGGCUGUCGAGGAAGCCGAAGACCGUAUCGAGACGAUGAAAGGCGAGGUUGUACGGAAGCACUUGGCCCGCGUAGAACCGCUAGAGAAGGAGAACUCACAGCUCCACGACAAGGUUGAACGCCUCGAAGCCAUUCUUGCCGCUGGCGACAGGAUUGCUCGUGCUGCUGCGACCUUGGGCGAGAAGCGUGACAUUAACACUUUAGCGGAAGAGGAAGAAGAGGAAGACAACGACAGCGGGGCUGCACUCAGCACUCAACCACCCAAGGUGAACGGCACUGGUCCUGCGCAAGACGUUGUCGGUACUCAGUUGGCAGCCAUGCAAGAGACGUUGAACCAGCUGACUGAGCUGAAUAACGAUGCCAUUGUCGAGAGCACCAGGACGGCCGAACGACUGACUGCAGACUCCGAGUAGCCUCUUUCUUCCUUCUCUUUUCUUCACCUUAGCGCAAGGUGUGUGCAUGCUGCCAAACGAAGAUGCGGACUGAUCAAAUGUACGAAGGACUAUGAAGCGUUGUAAUAAUUUUUCUUCUUUUCUUCUUCUUCUUCUUCUUCUUCUUCUUCUUCUUCGGUUUAUCCCUCCUGUUCCUUAGGUGGCAUUAUACCCUCCCCCAGUCUAUCGUGUACGUGCCGUCGUUAUAGUCGGCAGCCUUUUUUGUAUUGUCGGCACUUUAUCGUGUCUGUAGUCUCGGGCACACCUUUGUUUGUUGUGCGCAUACAUACUUAUUCUUUUCUGCACGUUCUGCAGCUUGCAAAUUU